AUGUGUGAAUUUCACCAACGAUAUCCCUUGGGAAAAGAAGGUCGGGAAACACUGGUAAUUUCGUGCCACGGAAUUGAUGCGAAACUCGUUUUGCGCCAAACAAUGUGGAAAUUCCAUCAAAUCACAUUAGAUGACGAAUGCCGCCGUCGAAAGGGCGGUGGUGUUCAUGUAUUUUUGAUGCCACGUAAUAAUAGGAAAAUGCUUCCAAUGGCGGUGGUUGCUAUACGCAGUAUUGAGAUAAAUAUGACGGGCGUGUUAAAGAUGAAAAAUGUCCCGGAUCUCUGA